CACUAAUUUCGUCACAAACGAACAUCCCUACCAACAUCAACACCACCCUUUCCAAAACUUACCACCAGCACUAGCACUAGCACAAUCACUACUACCACCGAAACAACCAAUGUGUCUAUCACAUGUAGACCAACUAACGGCGCCAUUGCUACCAAACUACCGCCACCGUCAUUAUCAGUAUACACGUACAGACACACAGACACACACACACACACACACACACACACACACACACACACAAAGUAAAUGAAAGGGUGAAAAGGGAUGUGUUAGAGUGUACAUGUUGUAUAUAGUGUGUGUGUAUAUAUAUAUUUAUAUAUAUAUAUAACAAUUGAUUGGCCAGUGUUCAGUCCUAACACUCAAGUGCUGGUGGAGAGUCUAUCACGAUUCACUAUAUCUUGUUGUUCAUCGACACAAAUGUGCAACAAAAUGGAAAGAGCAAGCAUUACUUCACUCUCGCCUCUCCUGCUGCUGUUGUUGUCUACUACAGUGAGCAUUGUUGCAGGUGAGCUCCGUCGAGUAUGUUACUAUACCAACUGGUCCCAGUACAGAAAAGGUGCUGGAAAAUUUCUUCCAAGUGAUAUUGACCCGCAAUUAUGCACCCAUAUUUGCUUCGCAUUUGCUAAAGUUACUAACUACAAGUUACAGCCUGCCGAAUGGAAUGAUAAAAGUACACCAUGGUCAAAGGGAUUGUAUGAACAGGUGAAUGAUCUCAAAACGCGCAACCCCCAGCUAAAGACUCUUCUCUCCUAUCUUCGUGCAGGAAACGCUCCCUGUCACACCACGAAGAGAGUCAAAGAUUUUUUGAGUGAUGAAGGGGUUGAUCUCAUGGACUGGCCACCUCAAAGUUCCAAUCUCAACCCUAUAGAAAAUGAAUGUCAGCAAGCUUUCGAAAGGGAAUCGAACCGUACUGGUAAGCCACGCUUGUUGCUCACUGCCGCAGUUCCUGCUGGAAAGAUUCAAAUAGACGCUGGAUAUGAUAUCAAAUCUUUACACCUAUAUGUCGACUUUUUCAAUGUGAUGACUUAUGAUUAUCAUGGUGCCUGGGAGAACAAGACAGGACAUAUCAGUCCCUUUAGAGCAUCUUCUAACGACAGUAGUAAGAGCGCAAAUUUUAAUGUGGAAUGGACCAUGCGCUAUUGGAGAGAACAAGGUGCUCCAGUGAGUAAACUUAAUCUUGGAUUGCCAUUUUAUGGCCGAAGCUUUACAUUAGCGGAUCCAAACAAAAAUGGGACGAAUGCUCCAGUCACUGGUAAAGGGACAGCCGGAGAGUUCACAGGCGAAGCGGGAUUUUUGGCCUAUUAUGAGAUUUGCCAAAUGAUUCAACGUGGUGCUACAAUAAAAAGAUUGUCAGAUGAAAAGGUACCCUAUUUGGUUUUAGGUAACCAGUGGGUUGGAUAUGAUGACCCAGAAAGUCUUUACAUGAAGGUGGAGUGGGCAAAGCAAUCUAACUUCAGUGGCAUUUUUGUCUGGGCCAUGGACCUAGAUGACUUCAUUGGUACUUGUCCUGGCAAUGAAUCGUAUAUUUUAAUGAAGACAGUUAUUCGUGCAGCCAAAGGAGAACCUCAAAUAAUACCUUCUACUACCGAAACUUCUACUACCAAAACUUCUACUAUCAAACCUUCUACUAUCAAAUCUUCUACUAUCAAAACACCUAGCAAGAAGCUGACAACUGCAACAGAGACAACAACAACAGAGACAACAACAGCAGAGACAACAACAGGGACAACAAACGAUGAUACUGUCGGUUUCUGUGUUGGCAAACCUGACAAAUUAUACGCAGUACCCCAGCAAUGUGAUUUUUUCUAUCAAUGCAACGCAGGCAACACUUAUCUUAUGAAAUGCCCACCAGGUACAGUGUUCAACCCGCAAAUCAGCAUCUGUGACCACGCUUUCAACGUUCCUGGAUGCUAGGAGAAACAUUGACGUACUUAGUAAGCGUGUAGAACCAAUAUGCUGAUGACGAUCAUGAUGUUAAUGAGUAAUGGCGAUUAUGAAGACCAUAAUGAUGAUGAUGUUGAUAAAUAGCAGCGAUGGUGAAGAUUAUUAUGGUUAUGGUGGAGGAGAAGAAGAGAAAAGAAAGAAGGAAUCGGGGACUAAUCUACAACAAACAUGUGUGUGUGUGUGUGUGUGUGUGUGUGUGUGUGUGUGUGUGUGUGUGUGUGUAUACAUGCGCAUAUCAAUAUAUACAUAUAUAUAUACUCAGAUAUACAUUAUAAACAUUACGUGUUAACAUUUAUCUAUCUAUCUAUAUUUACCUGUCUGUCUAUCUCUCUUUAUAAAUAAAUAUAUAUACAUA